AUGGGAUGUAGCGGGCGGCUGCUGGGACCCGCCGGGGGCCGCCGCGCCUCGCUGCUCCUCACCAUGAUCCUCUUCUUCACCUACUUCUUCUCCUGCCUGCCCGGGCCCUGCGAGCCGCUGCCGCCCGCCCUGCUGCUGCCGCCGCCCGCCGCGCUGCCCGCGGGGCCGGGGGAAGCGGCGGGGGGCUCGGGGGGCUCGGGGGGCUCGGGGGGCUCGGGGGGCGGCAGCCGCCGCUUCCCCCAGGCCAUCAUCGUGGGCGUGAAGAAGGGCGGGACGCGGGCGCUGCUGGAGUUCCUGCGGGCGCACCCCGGGGUGCGGGCGGUGGGCGCCGAACCCCACUUCUUCGACAGGUGCUACGAGAAGGGGCUGCGCUGGUACAGGAGCCUGAUGCCACGGACCCUGGAGGGACAGAUCACCAUGGAGAAGACUCCCAGCUACUUUGUCACCAAGGAGGCCCCGCGGCGCAUCUUCAACAUGUCCCGGGACACCAAGCUGAUCGUGGUGGUGCGCGACCCCGUCACCCGCGCCAUCUCGGACUACACGCAGACCCUCUCCAAAAACCCCUCCAUCCCCAGCUUCCAGGCCCUGGCCUUCAAAAACCUCAGCACGGGGCUGAUCGACACGAGCUGGAGCGCGGUGAGGAUCGGGAUCUACGCCAAGCACCUGGAUAAUUGGCUGCAGUACUUCCCGCUCUCCAAAUUCCUCUUUGUCAGCGGCGAGAGGCUGGUCAGCGACCCCGCCGGGGAGAUGGGCCGUGUCCAGGACUUCCUGGGGCUCCAGAGGGUGGUGACGGACAGACAUUUCUAUUUUAAUGAGACCAAGGGCUUUCCCUGCCUGAAGAAGCCGGAGGCGGGGAGCAAACCCCGCUGCCUGGGGAAAUCCAAGGGGCGGCCGCACCCCAAAAUCGACGGGCAGGUGGUGCAGCGCCUGCGGGAGUUCUACAGACCCUUCAACAUGAAGUUUUAUCAGAUGACAGGGCAGGAUUUCGGGUGGGACUGAGCCCAUCCCCAGGGCAAG